AUGGUGUUAUCUCUCAUGGAAAAGUCAUAAUGUCAAGACUUUUAUUGUGAAGUUUGGUGAAACACUUCCUCCCACAACCGGAAGUACAGUCCACUGCGACUGCAACUAGUUUUCUGCAACAUAAUCAUGUCCAAGUACAAAACAGUUAUUUGGCCUAAAGUGAUUUUAUUUGGCGACUCAAUCACACAGUUUUCAUUUCAAGCCAAUGGGUGGGGCUCAGAAAUUGCCAACAGACUAGCAAGAAAGUGUGACGUUGUGAACAGAGGACUCUCUGGCUACAACUCCAGAUGGGCCAAAAUUGUUCUUCCUCGUCUCAUCAACAGUCAGAGCUCAGCAGACAACAACAUUGCAGCUGUCACUGUCUUCUUUGGCGCCAACGACUGUGCCCUGGAAGAUAAGAACCCUCAGCAACACAUCUCUCUGCAGGAGUACUCAGAGAACCUGAAGGAGAUCUCCAAGCUCCUGGCUUCAGCUGGAGUGUCAGCUGACAAAGUUAUUUUCAUCACCCCUCCUCCUAUUCACGAGCCAGCCUGGGAGAAGGAGUGUAUCCUGAAAGGUAACACUCUCUCGUUCUUGUAUCGUCGCAUAGAACUAUUUUUUACAAUCCGGGCCUGCAAAGAUCAUGAAUACCUCUUUAUAUGUCUUCCAGGAGGUACUCUCAAUCGCCUCAACUCUGUAGCAGGACAGUAUGCCCAGGCAUGUGUCCAGGCAGCUGGUCAGUGUGGUACAGACGUCCUAGACCUCUGGACCCUCAUGCAGAGAGACGGACAGGAUUACACACUUUACCUUUCUGAUGGGCUGCAUCUCUCAGAGAAGGGCAACCAGUUUGUGACCGAGCACCUGUGGGCGCUGCUGGAGAGGCGAGUAGUUGACCUGCCUCUCAUCCUGCCCUACUGGGGAGACGUGGACAGAAAGAGCCCAGAGAGCAGCCUGCUCUGUGACCAGUGAACAGGAGGACGUUGGAUUUGUAUGGAAAACAUUUUUCCUUUAGGAUCCAACAGAGCUGGACAUUCAGUGGAGAUGAAAUAUCUCACCAGCAUUUCUGUGUUGCCUGGUAAACUGACAGUAUGUACAGCGGACUGCAUUUAUGUCAAGAUUUGAAAUGCACAAUAAAGAUCUUUAUUUUGA